AUGUCACAUCAAAACCGUGGGAUUCUGUUUCCUUUUCCUUUCUCUCUGUUUUUAUCUCUUUUACACCCGCUUGAAGGUCUCAUUUUCAUGGCGGAACCCAAAAAUUAAACCCAAAAAUUUCCCCCCAAAAGAAUUCCAUAAAUCCAAAAUCGAAAGAAAAAAAAGAACCAAGUAGAAGAACUCUCAGUCUUCAGAUCCUAACGAAUAUCAUAUCACUUCAUUCUUACUAUUUCUCAAAGUGCAUACUUUUUCCUCUUUUCCCCAGGUAGUUUCCUCACUUCCCCAAGUUCCUUAAUUUAGGGUUCACUUUUUUUUCCUUUUGGUUUUGGGUACUGUUUGAUGAUUUUGAUUUAAGAAGAGUAAUGGUUUUUUUCUAUUAUUAACCUGAUUAUUUUUUUUCCUUUGAAUCUUGUUGGAUCUACGAUGGCGAAGGUCUAGGAUUUACACGGCGUCGUUUCGGGUAUGAUCUUUGGUCGUCUCAAAGUUGUCACCUUUAGGGUUUAGUGGAUUUAGAAGUUGGGUUAUCGUAAGACUGAGUUGAAUCGUUGAAUCAUUGAAUCAUUGAAUCAGUGGAAAGGGGGUUAAUAUGGAGACUCCUGUUGUAGUGGUGGACCAUAGGAACCAGUACUGUAAUAGGGUGAAAUCACAUGGGCUAGCUAGGUUUGGGUCUUCUUCACCAUCUACAAAUUUCAAUGGGAUUAAUUGUAGGGCUUUUGAAUCUGGAGCAGGAUUACUCCCAACCCCAUUUAAGUAUAGUUCUAUCCCUAUAACCAAACAGCCAUCAAAAACUACCCGGAAAAGCUCUGCCAUUCCUAUCAAUAACAACAACAGAACCCCUAGAAAUUAUAAGUCUUUUAAUGAGAUCUCUGGUGAUGGUUUUAUGUACUCGGAGCUUUGGGCCGGACCUGCCUAUUCUAAUUCGCCACCACCGAGCUCUUUGCCUAUACCCAAAUUCUCACUUCGCUCGAAGAGGUCCAUGUCCCUUGAUUUGCCUGCCGCUGACCCUGUCGUCGAUGUUCACCUGACUGCUAAGUCCGCACCUUCAUCUCCUACUAGGGAACUUGACCCUUCCGUUAUGGAACUUUUUCAUAGUGUAGAUUCCGCGACUAAAACUUUACGUCGCAUUCUCAAUCUCGACAAUACCGAUGAAUGAAAAAGAGCAAAGAGUAGUUGUAAAUAAGUUGUUGGCAAAUUUGGAGUUAGUUUUAGAUUGUAUAUAUAGAUUGAAUAAUAUGGUUGGUGAUAUGGGUCAAAGAUGGCAAAAUUGGCAAUGGUAGGUCGAUAAUCUCCAGGUUUUGCUUUAUGAACCAAUCCUUUGCGAGAAUAUAGUGCUGGUUAUAACUUUUCAUUAACAAGAUGCCUUCAAGGUAUAUGUAUUUUGUGACUUUUGUAAGCUUGGGUGGAAUGGAAGAUGACUCGAGCCAUAUGGGAAGCUGUAAGAAGCUUUCCACUAGAAUCAAAGUUUCUUCUUUUAGCAGCAGAUACCAUGUAUAUAUAUACUGUUUGCAGAAUGUCUACUAAAUUGCUUUCUCUUAGGCUUUUCUCCUUGUGUUCCUUGAUCCCCAAUCAGUGUCCUUUGUUUCUAAGACCAAACUUUGAUUUAGCCUCACUUAGUUUGCCUAUAUGGUCUUUGUUUGUAAACUCUUUUUCCUUUGUCCGUCAUUGCCUGAAUUGGCUGCUUAACAAUCAAAUAUCCUCAAAAAAUACACUUUUUUUCUUUCAUUUAGUAAUGAUUUCUCUCCUCGCCAUCUUUUUCUGUUUUUUAAAAAGAAAAAGUGGGAAGGGGGGAAGUAAAGCCAGUUAUAUUUCUGUAUUGGAAGCUUGUAUCAAUGUCGCCAUGCCGAUGCUGGUCUCGUUUGUCCCAAUGGGUGUUAGAGUUCUGUAGUGUUCAUAAAGUCCUUUCUUGGAGAUUGUUGACAAUGCCAAGCUACUUACAAGGGGUAAGUAUUACAGGAGGCAUUUGUUAAAGUGGAUCUCUUCCUGCUAGCUAUGUAUAAUCUUUUAAGGCAAGUCUUUGUAGGAACCGUAUCAGUGUGUUUUCGAUUCAAUGAAUUUUCUGUAAGCAGUGGCUUUAUGUUGACACCAUGUUGAUGAUGAAGGUGCAAAUAUAUGUUCAUUUGUUUACUGGUAAUAUUGGGGGUAUCAAUUACUGGAAUGUUAAAUGUCCAGGGUGCAAAUACAUGUUCUUUUUGGCCCUGAAACAAGUGGCAUUCUUUUUGAUGAUCUAAUUGUUCAAGCAUGUACCAUUUUUACAUUGUUCAAGUACCCAAAAUUUAUCUAAAGCACAAGCAAUUUUGAAAAA